AUGGCGCUCAGCAGACAAGAGGCCGAGCUGGUCAAGGAGACCAUCCCGGCUCUGCGACACCACGGAGAACACAUCUCGACCGUCUUUUACAAGACCAUGCUACGCGAACAUCCGGAGCUCAACAACUACUUCAACACCGUCAACAUGCAGAACGGCAAGCAACCGCGAGCCCUCACAGCUCUCAUCCUGGCCUUUGCGUCCAACAUUGUUAACAUCAGUGAGCUGGGGCCCAAGAUGGAGAGAGUCGCCCAGAAGCAUGCCUCGCUGAACAUCCAGCCCGGCCACUACGAAAUCGUCGGCAAAUACCUGUUGCGUGCCUUCUCUGCCGUGCUGGGCCCGGCCAUGACUGCCGACGUGAAGCAGGCUUGGCAAAAAGCAUAUUGGCAGAUGGCGAAGAUGCUCACGGGCCGAGAAGUGCAGAUCUACCGCGACUUCGCAGGAUGGACGGGCUGGCGUAAGUUCAGGAUCUUCAGCAAGAACGCUGAGACCAAGGACGGAGAUAUCGUAUCGUUAUCGCUCAGGCCCGUCGACUCGAGGCCACUACCCACCUUCAUGCCCGGCCAAUAUGUGACAAUGCGCCUACGACUCCCCGAUCUGAAGUAUACAAAUCUGCGACAGUAUUCGCUAAGCAGUGCGCCGCGCCCCGACCAAUACCGAGUCACGGUAAAGAGGGACAUGGGCACCGACCGAGACUUCACAACCGAGUCGCCAAGAAGCUCAAUGGCCGACGACGACGACCCGCCAAAGUCGUCAGCUGCCAGUAGCGCGUCGGACAGCAGCAUCGGCAGCAUCCGUCCGCACAAACCUGGACUCGUAUCAAACACGCUGAUCGACGAGUUCAAGGUAGGCGACUUGGUCGAGUUGACCCAUCCGGCGGGUGAGUUCUUCCUCGACACGGCCGACCCGAGCACCACGCCCCUGGUGCUGAUCUCAGCGGGCGUGUGUGCCUCUCCACUCUUUUCCAUCCUCGACACGGUUACAUCCAUGAAGGUCAAUCGACCUGUGUCCUGGAUCCAGGGCUCGCGGCACGAUGCGCCCUUCCAGCAGCAGGUCGAGGCCAUCGCCGCGGCACACCCCAACGUUCGAACCAAAUUCUUCCGCUCGCGGCUCGCCGACAGUGACGUGCUGUCGUACACGUCCACCUUCAAGGACGACUUUCAGGCCCUGCUGCCCGCGGACCUGUGUCUGGAUAGCAGCCUGGCGCAGUACUACAUCUGCGGGCCCGAGAAGUUCAUGCUGGAGAUCUCGGCCUUGCUGCAGAAGUACGGCGUCGACACCGCGAGGGUCCGCUUCGAGCUGCACAGCGUGGGUUACUUCGAGGUAAAGAGCAAAAACAUGGCUUAG